GCAAAACUUCGGAGAUCAGACGUCGGACUGUAUAUGAAGCUGACCUGUCUGCUUUUCCACGACGCGUAUGGGGAUAGCGGGGCGCGGCACAGCACCCGCCGCGCGAUGAACAAGGGCGGGAGCGACGCACACAGGUGACAACAGAGCUCACCCUCUUCUUCUCCUGCCGCCAUCUUUCUGCGCGCGCGCCGAGUCACGGAACCCGCGAACCUAAUUUACGAUGGGCCGCAGAAAGAUCGAAAUUCGCCCCAUACAGCACGAGCGGAACCGCGCCGUGACCUUUCUGAAGCGCAAGAAUGGACUCUUCAAGAAGGCAUAUGAGCUGGGGGUCCUGUGCAGCGUCGACGUGGCGGUGAUCAUCUUUGAGGACCGACCAGGGCAUCAAGCGAAGCUGUACCAGUAUGCGUCCUCGGACGUGGACGCGAUCGUGCAGAGGCAAACCACCCAUGAAGGGGAAAAGGAUACGAAGGGACCACCUGAUUUCGCGCAGCCGACGCCGACCGCGGGCGUCCCUGGGGACGAUGAUGACGAUGACGACGACGAACGUCCGCGCAAGCGCCCUCGCCCCGCCGACCCGAUGCCGUCGCCCUCUACCUCGAGACGUACCAUGGACUCACUACAGUCACACAUGGGACCUGAGAUCAGCCUCCAACCACCCUCCCGCGCGGCCGGAUUCUACGGGCAGAUGCCUCCAAUGACCGCUCAGCACCUCGCUGGACCCUCCACCUCCCCUCACCUCAGUACCGCGUCCCCUCACCCAAUCGCCCCUGCUCGUCACGACCCCAUAUCCGCGCACCCCAUAUCGUCCGAUCGCCACUUACCGCCGCCCGCGUUCCCGCCGAGCGGCUCUAGCUCGUCUAGCGGGGGUAUCACGUCUAGCGGUGGUUUAGGGUCGGGAGGAAGUGGUGGGCUGGGCUCUGGCAGUGGCGGGCUAGGGUCCAGCGGGGGACUUGGCGCUGGCGGCAUCGGCUCUAGCGGUGGGCUCCCAUCGAGCGGCGGACUAGGCGCAGGAGGAGGCGGACUCGGGUCGUCCGCCGGCCAGCAGUCGCGCCAGAUCUUCUACCCCGAGCGUACCAUUGCCCCCUUGAGGAGCAGUCCGAUUGCGUCGUUGCACGGUAGUCCGACGACGCCAACGUUUACGCGUCCAGGCAGUUCGUUCGCGGGUCGUACCGGCGACUUUGCGGGAGGUCGCGGUAGCGGAGACUUUGGGCGCGGUAGUGGUGGCGGAGACUACGCUACGGGUCGUCCCGGUGGCGGCGGAGACUUCCCUACUCGCACUGGCGGUGACUUCGCUAACCGCACCGGCGAGUUCGCCGGCGGGUAUCCCCGCCCGUCGUACGGCUAUCCAGGCUCCGGCGCGCGCUUUCCAUACGGCGUGGGCGGGCUUGGGGGCGCGGGCAGCAUUGGUGGUCCGGGUGGAGGGGGUUUGGGCAGCGGUGGUGGUGGCGGAGGAGGGAUCGGCGCCCACCAGCAGUCGCCGCCGCUCAUGCAUCAGGCGUCGCCUCCGUUGUUGCAUCAGCAACCUCAUGCUCCCCAGCCGGCAGGACAUCACCAAUCCCAUCCUCCUCAUUCGUCCGAGCCGCACCAUCUGCAUGGACAUGGCACUCAACACCCGCCCCAGCAACCCGGCCAGCCGCCUCCCCCGCACUCGCCGUCCGACCUGAGCUGGUUUGAGAUGCUGGGGUUGCCGGGUGGGAGUGGGAGCGGGAGCGGGAGGGACGCAGGUGGGAGGAGAGAGGGGUAGACUUGGGCGAAGCGGGGAGGGGACUCCACCAAUGGGGGGAAGAGGUAGGGGAGUGGGAGGAGCGAGAUGGAAGGAGGGAACCCGACAA